CUAGUUAGUUUGCUACCUGAUGCUGUGCGGUUCAUAUGUUCUUCGUUGUACACGCGUCCGGUGCUUGCGAAUGGGCCUAUGUAUUGUUAGACUGUUGUAACAUAAUAAAUCAUUAUAAAUGAAUACUCCAUUUGUUGACGGAUGGAAUAUUGUUCAAACAUUAGGCGAUGGAUCAUUUGGCGAAGUAAAACUUUUAUUAAAUCAAAAUAAUCAUGGCUAUGUAGCCAUGAAAACGAUUGAUUUACAAAACUAUUCUGAUGCAUUGGCUACUGUACAAAAAGAAGCAGCUAUACAUAGCCGAUUGAGUCAUUCAAGUAUAAUAAAAUAUUAUGGACAGCGUCAUACUAAAGAUACUUAUUAUAUAUUCUUAGAAUAUGCAUCUGGAGGUGAACUAUUUGAUCGAAUUGAACCUGAUGUUGGAAUGCCGGUGUCUGAUGCUAGAAAGUUUUUCAAAGAGUUGAUUUCUGGAGUUGAAUAUUUACACAAUAAUGGUGUUGCGCAUAGAGAUUUGAAACCGGAAAAUUUAUUAUUGGACGAAAAUGGAAAUUUAAAAAUAAGCGAUUUUGGAUUAGCCACUUUGUUUUUAUGUGGUGGAAAACGGCGUAAAUUGGAUAAGUAUUGUGGCACUCGUCCGUAUUUAGCUCCAGAAGUUCGUUCACUUUUACCUUAUCAAGCAGAACCUUCUGAUAUUUGGUCAUGCGGUAUUAUACUUGUGUCAAUGCUCACUGGAGAGUUACCUUGGGAUACGCCAUCCGAUAAUGAUGAUGAUUAUAAAUUGUGGAAAACUACUGACUAUGCUAAUCAUUCACCAUGGAAUAAAUUAGAUACUUUAGCCUUGUCUCUUGUGAGGAAGAUAUUAACACCAAGUCCGUCUAAAAGAUAUGAUAUACCGAAAAUUCGGUCUCAUCGUUGGUUCAAAAAUUCAGAAACUCAUGAUAAUAAAAAAGUUAGAAUUUCUGUUCGGUCUGACAGAGAUUUGGAUGAUGGUCGUCAAUGUUGUUCUCAACCAACUUCUGCAGCAAUUUCAUUUGAUACAUCCUUGUCACAUAGUGAAUCUGAAAUACAUUCAUUUUCCCAGCCGACGCAGGUGGACGAUCUGCUGCUGUCUUCACAACUUCUGACAUCACAACCCAUCUCCACACCUAAUAACUCUUUGCAGAACUUAGUCAAAAGAAUGACAAGAUUUCUAGUCGAUUUACCACAUGAUGCAGCAUUAACCAAUUUAGCACUGUGUCUGGGUGAAAUGGGAUAUAUAUGGAAAGUCAACAAGCCUAGUUUGAUUACAAUUACUACUACAGAUGAGCGUUUAGUGUUUAAAUCGAAUGUGAUUCCAAUGAAUGAUAAAACUCUGAUUGACUUCAGACUUUCGAGAGGCUGUGGUUUAGAAUUUAAGCGAAAUUUUGUUUCUAUUAAAAAUGCAAUGUCUUCAACGAUUGAAGGUAUUGGUUGUAUUGUGAGUACAUAUAAGACUGACUUAAAAUAGAUUGUAUAAAAAUAACUUUGCUUAUUUUAUUUCCUAAUUCAGAAAAACUAAUGUACCUAUAAUAAGCAUAUCAAUCAAAGUUAUAAAUAAGAUACAAUUAUAUAUGUUUUAUGUAUUUUAUUAAUUACAUACAGGUAGCAUAGAUUCAUUGAAC